AAAAAAGAAUGAAUUCCUCUACAAUUAUCGCCCAAGGGCACACCUGGCGCCUGGCGGGGCUGAGGCACCAAUGCGGGCCCAGACCUCCACCGCCGGUACAGCGAGGCGCAGACGUGGAACCAAAACGCAGGGCAGCAGGAAGAAGCCGGGGCGGACGCUGGGCGGGGCGGCAAGGAGACCAGGGCGGUCAGCAUCCGCAGCGGCACAGCGCCGGGGAGAGCCACCGCCCGGGAGCGCAGAGCGAGCGGCGGUCAGGGCGGCCUCCAUGGCGCGCCCCGAAACCCCGACGCCGAGCUCGCCACCUCGAGUCUCGCCGCACUGAAGGAUGCCGGCAGCGCCGACCCGAGUCGGUUACUCAGGACUUAGCACGUUAAGAAGCGAGAGCACUGGGCAGCAAGCGCCACCCCGGGAGCAGGACGCGCGGCAACCGAGCGCAGGGACGACGACGUCCACGCUCCGGGAGCGCCAGCACGUACAGACGGCGGCCGGGCGCGGCGCCGGCGCUGCGCGGCCGCAAAGGAGCUCCGGCGUGUCGUAAAAGGGCCGCACGUGAGCACAGCUCCGGCGGACGGCUGGGGCUCCAUUUUGGACGCCGUCUCUGCCGCGAAGAGCCGGGAGGACCUGUUGCUCGUCACGGCGAGCUCGCUGUCAGCCGGCCGGCCUCUCGGGGGCGGCGACCGGGCCGCCGGGGCGGGGGCGGCGCGAUGCGGCCCGCGGACGCGGACGAGCGGCAAGGGCCCGAGCAGCCUUGCGGCCGCCCCCCGAGCCCCGCCCGCGCCGCCGCCCGCCGGGACGUCGCCGCCCUCGAGCGCGAGCACGUGCGCGCGCACCUGCGGGCCCGCCGGAAGCUGCUGGAGGUCGCGAGCCUGCUGGACGAGCUUCAGAGCGAGGUGGACGCCUCGGCCGAGGGCGUCGUGGGCCCCGGCCGCCGCGCGGGCGGCGAGGCGGAGCAGCGGGUGCGGAAGCUGUGCGAGAAGGCGGAGAGGAAGGCCGCCGAGGCGGCGCUGGUGGGACGGAGGCUCGUGGAGCUCCACCGGCAGAUGGAGAGCUGCGGGUGCUCCUGAAGGACGCGGGGCGGGGUCGAGACCACUGCUGGGAACGUAUUUGCGGACGGCGGACCAGCCCCCGCCGUCGGGUGAGAGCCGAGGCCCCAGCGCCAAGAGACGAGGGGGCCAGUGAGAGAAGCGUGAAACGGAAGCGCGGGACAGGAACUUCACGUGCUGUGAUGAGAUCGGAGCGUUGCCCGUGUCCUGACAGCAAGCGGUAGCAUUUUGCACGGGUCGUUGGGUUGGUUUGACUCCAGGGUGUGGGAGUCUUGGAAUUUAAAUUGUGGUGGUUGAUUUCCCCACUUGUACUCCCGCUUAUCCGUGCAUGGAUUCUGUUCAGCUGGUAAAGAGGACUCGCUGGACAGGCUGAACCCAAGAGUCUUUCCUUUUCUCUCCCGUAUUUUCCCUAGAUUUUCACCAUGUUAAAUACUAAAUCUCCAGUAGCAUCCUGGGGAGAGGAUUUCAGUAUUAUGUAUGCGGAUAUGCGUAUGAUUAUUACGUGCAUCGAGUUUCGAGAAAACAGCUUUUAGAUAAAUGCUGUUACCUAAAGGAAUAGGGCCUACAUUGUAAGCUGCUGUGUUGUCAUAUUCGUUACUGUGACUUGAUCGUGUUUUUAAAGUUCCGAAGUAUACUCUUGUGCUCUGCUGUGUUUUUUUUAUGCUUCCUGGAAUUCGGGGACGCAUGAAAGAGGCUUGCGGUCAGAGUUCUGCAAGACAGAAGACACUGCGUGGCUGCGGCUGCUGAAGCAAGAGCCCAGACCAGUCAAGGAUGUGGAUGCCGCUGCUUUGGAUCAGAUUGAGAAGCCCCUGGGGGGCUGGCUGUUGGGCAUGGAGAGGGGUGGCGUCCGCAUUUUGGAAUUUUGCAGUCUCAGAUCAGAGGAGGAGAGCUGUGUUCUUUUCGUUUUCUUUGUUUGCUUGUCUCUUUUUUUUUUUUUCCAGAAAUGUAAUUUUUCUGUGGCAUGUUAAGUGGUGCACAUCAUGUAACCUGUCUGGUGAGUAACCUAGAAUAGGGGAUGAGUUCUAGGUACUAUGUGUAUUGGCUGACUUUGGGGUAAACUUUUUGAUGUAAUCGUGCAUUUCAGGAGCUUCUUUGCCACAACUGCACGUGACACUGCAUGGCCUGGAGGGUUUGGGGAGGAGAGCGUGGAUCUGACCGUGGCAGGCCCCAAAAUGAUAGCAGGAAGCAUCUUCCAGGCUGGGGUGAUAUCCAGCCUAGGUCCUCAGAGCAGACCUCACAGAGGUUGAGAGCAGAGCUCUAGCUUCCUUUGGUGAACUUUUCACUUGCCUGGAAAAACAAAUGCUGAAAGCCAGUUUUUAGAACCUUUGUGCAAAUAACCAAAGCCAGGAAAAGGUGAGAUAAAUAAAUUCUUUUCAGAAUGAAA